AGUACGGAGUCAGCGGAGUGUGCGCAUCACCAGCGAGAGUUUCAUUCAUACAGGAACUACAAUCCGCCUGUUGUCAGAAGAGUCAAAGUUCGGGUUGCGUGUUAUAAAGAGCUAGGCAGAGAGAGGGAGUAACAUCAGGGUCAGGGUAGCAACGGAGAUGGAGGAGUAGUCGAAUCGUCUGCGUUGUCUAAUCGAUCUUUUAAUUUCAGUGAAUGUUAAUGUUAGUAUGACAGUAAUUCAAGAAGUUAUUUAGCCAGAAGUUCCCUGAACAAAGUUUGCAUGUGAUUGCUAAACGCAUGCAGACGUAGCCUAGCUUUCUGAAGUAGCUAGCUGGCUAAGUAGCCUAAUUACAUUGCACAACCGAUAGUUUUAUAUAAAAUGAAGUGUUUAAUCAGUACCUCCAGACAUUUAUUUUUUUCACAUGGGAGAACUUUUUAGCAUAAUCCAAAUAGCUAGAAGCAGCACAGGAAAAGAUCGCUUACUACACGUGCAAUUUAAUCUACACGAAUUAUCGAAUCAACUGUUUUAAACCGGCGAACAUCAAGGAUAGAUUUUUUUAAUCAUUGUACUAAGUUAUAAUUGAGUAAUUUUUUUUAAACGCUCAGGAAGUCAUUCUUUUGGAAAUAUCCAACAUUCCAGUAUUUGUAAACUUGUCCACGCGUAAAGAGCAAGAUGUCCUGCCUUUUUCUUGGAGUUUUAAGAAGACGGAGUGGUUUGGGGGCUGCCGUAGGGGUGCGCUCCCUCUCCUCCCUGCCCUCCCUGCCCCCUGCGGUGGAGGAGUUUGUCUCCGGGGCGGUGAAGGAGUGCAAGCCGGCCGCGGUGCACGUGGUGACCGGGACGCCCAAGGAGACUGCCGACAUCCUGGCUGGCCUGGAGAUGGAUGGGAUGGUCAAGCGUCUGCCGAAAUACCAGAACUGCUGGCUGGCACGCACAGACCCCAAGGACGUGGCCCGAGUGGAGAGUAAGACCGUGAUCGUGACCAGAGACCAGAGGGACACCAUCCCCAUCCCCAGCGGGGGGGCCAAGAGCCAGCUGGGGAGCUGGAUGAGUGAGGGAGACUUCCAGAAGGCCAGGGAGGAUCGCUUCCCUGGCUGCAUGGCAGGCCGGAAGAUGUAUGUCAUUCCCUUCAGCAUGGGACCUGUGGGCUCCUCCCUGGCCAAAUUCGGGGUGCAGGUGACGGACUCGCCGUACGUGGUUGCCAGCAUGGGGAUAAUGACCCGCACCGGCAGUGCCGUGAUGGACAAGCUGGCCCAGGGGGCGGAGUUUGUCCGCUGUCAGCACUCGUUAGGAAGACCGCUGCCCCUCAAAGCUCCCCUGAUCAGUAACUGGCCCUGCAAUCCGGAGAAGGUUCUGAUCUCACACCUCCCGGACUCCCGGCAGAUCCUGUCUUUCGGCAGUGGAUAUGGGGGCAACUCGCUGCUGGGCAAGAAGUGCUUUGCCCUGAGAAUUGCCUCGCGCAUCGCUAAGGAUGAAGGCUGGCUGGCUGAACACAUGCUGAUUCUGGGAAUCACCAACCCUCAGGGAGUGAAGCGCUAUGUAGCUGCGGCGUUUCCCAGCGCCUGCGGGAAGACCAACCUGGCCAUGAUGAAGCCUGCUCUGCCUGGCUGGACAGUGGAGUGUGUCGGCGAUGACAUCGCCUGGAUGAAGUUCGACAGUCAAGGGAAACUCAGGGCCAUCAAUCCAGAAAACGGCUUUUUCGGCGUUGCCCCUGGAACCUCAAUGAAGACCAACCCCCAUGCCAUGGCAACAAUCUCCAGCAACACUGUCUUCACCAAUGUAGGAGAGACCAGCGAUGGGGGGGUGUGGUGGGAGGGGUUAGACCCCCCUCCAGCUGGAAUCACGCUCACAGACUGGCACGGGAAGUCCUGGAAGCCAGGUGACCCCACCCCCUGCGCCCAUCCAAACUCAAGGUUCUGUGCCCCGGCAGCUCAGUGCCCCAUUAUCGACCCGCAGUGGGAGAGUGAGGAGGGCGUGCCCAUUGAUGCCAUCAUCUUUGGGGGCAGAAGACCAGAGGGCGUCCCUCUGGUGUACGAGACCUUUAAUUGGCGCCAUGGUGUUUUUGUUGGGGCGGCCAUGAGGUCAGAGUCUACUGCUGCUGCUGAACACAAAGGUAAAGUCGUAAUGCAUGAUCCCUUUGCCAUGCGCCCCUUUUUCGGGUACAACUUCGGGGACUAUCUGGCACACUGGCUCAGCAUGGAGCAACGGAAGGGCCCCACGCAGCUGCCCAAGAUCUUCCAUGUCAACUGGUUCCGGAAGGACCCAAAGUCAGGGGCCUUCCUGUGGCCGGGCUUUGGGGACAACGCCCGCGUGCUGGAGUGGAUCUUCAGACGGUGCGGGAGGCAGACGGAGGACGAGGCCGCAGACAGGAGCAUGGUGGGAUGGCUGCCCAAACAGGACGCCAUCAACCUGCAGGGCCUCAGCCAGAAGGUGGACAUGGGUGCUCUGUUCAGCCUGCCCAAGGCAUUCUGGGAGAAGGAGACCCAGGAGCUCCGGGCCUACUUCACUCAGCAGGUUGGCGCUGACCUCCCCCCUCAGGUAGAAGGAGAGCUGAAGGCCCUGGAGGAGAGGGUGAGGGAGUAACUGAAAGAGGGAUCGAAGGUAGAGGAAGGGGGAGGAGAGGAAAAUGAGAUGAUGAAGAAAGGGGGGGUGGGUGUGAAUGGACUGAUUGAUGUAGCCAGAUAUGGGGAAUAGAGAUGGAAAAACUCAGAAAAUCUAAGCUGAAUGAGACUGUCCACUACAGCACAGUCUGUGAGCGAGUGCAGUCUCAGCGAUCUCUGUGAGCAAGCAUUCUGAGUGCAGUCUCUGUGAACUAGCGCCGUCUGUGAGCAUACCUUAUCAACACUAUGCAAUGAAGUGUCUCAUUAAUGGAAUGUUUACAAAUUAAAGCACAACAAAUCACUUUUUAAAUAAUUUUAACCAAAACGUGGGCCUGUUUGCCUUUUUGGAGUCUACUGACUUCACUUGAAACCCUGGGGAUACUGCAUCCACAUGGACCUUGGAGAAUACCAAAGAGUUUUGAAAUGUGACUUUGUAAUUUUUUAAGCUAAUUAAAGUUCAUUUAAAAAUGCAGAUUUAUUUGUUUCUUAAAAUAUGGGACCAGAGCCAAUAUUUGUGUAUGAGUUUAAUGGAAGGAUCUGGGACUGUAAUUUUCUUUCCUUUAUUAAAAAUAGAAAUGCAAUGAUGUUUUGGUGUUGAAUGAAUAAACAUCUUUAACAUUA